ACCCACUUUCUGGACUCUUCACAACCUAUAAAUUGAAAAUCAGAAAGAUAAGAGUGAGAAAAAAGGGGGAAUUCAACGAAUUUGUAGGAGGUAUGCUGGAUCUUAAUCUUUUUUCUGCUGAUUCCACCUGCUAUGAAGAUGAGAUGAUGAUGGACAAGCUUCCCGAUGGUUCCGGAGGCCAAGUGGACGACUCCGGAACUUCAAAUUCAUUAGUCGUGAAUGCUGAAGCUUCCAGCAAUGGAGGCGAUGACGACUCUUGCUCCACUCACUUCGCCUUCAGCUUUGAUAUUCUUAAGAAGCGAAGUGACGCCACCGACACCGUUGAGGUCGAAGACGAUUACGAUGACGACGGUGAUGAGGCAGAGAACGGGCAUCCGACUGCACAUUCGGGUUUCAUUACGAGGCAGCUCUUCCCUGUGAGUGGAGAAGGUGGGCCCUCCGGUGAUGCUGUGCUUUUCUCUGGGUUGUCUUCCUCUUCUUCGUCUGGAACACAUUGGGUCGAUCUCUCGUUCUCCCAGGCCGACAUGGUGAAUCAACCUGAACUGAAGGUUGUAACCCCUCAGCAACAGCGGGUGAAGAAGAGCCGGCGGGGACCCAGGUCUCGAAGCUCUCAGUAUCGGGGUGUGACGUUUUAUCGGAGGACUGGGAGAUGGGAAUCUCACAUCUGGGAUUGUGGGAAGCAAGUUUAUUUGGGUGGAUUCGACACUGCUCACGCUGCUGCUAGGGCAUAUGAUCGAGCAGCUAUUAAGUUCCGGGGUGUUGAUGCAGACAUUAAUUUUAAUCUCAGUGAUUAUGAUGAAGAUCUGAAACAGAUGAGGAACCUGACUAAGGAAGAAUUUGUGCACAUACUUCGCCGCCAGAGCACCGGAUUCUCUAGGGGGAGCUCAAAAUACAGAGGCGUGACACUGCAUAAAUGUGGUCGAUGGGAAGCUCGAAUGGGGCAGUUCCUAGGCAAGAAGUAUAUAUAUCUUGGGUUAUUCGACAGCGAAAUUGACGCAGCAAGGGCUUAUGACAAGGCAGCUAUCAAAUGCAAUGGAAGGGAAGCAGUCACCAACUUUGAGCCGAGUACUUAUGAAGGGGAGAUCGUCUCUGUGGUGGAUAAUGGAGGCAGCAGCCACAAUCUUGAUCUGAACUUGGGGAUUUCUCCGCCUUCUUUUGCUGAUGGCACAAACGGGAAUGAGAGUACGGGCGGUUUCCAGUACGAUUGUGGCCUUCAUGACAUGCCCGAUGCUAGGGGAGCGAGGAUGGAGAACCAUGUGUCGGCCUCAGUGGGUGAUCAAAUGAAUCAUGGCCUACGAAUGGCAUCUGACCACCCCCCAAUCUGGCCUGGCGUAUAUCCCAGACUCUUUCCCAAUUUUGAGGAAAGAGUGACAGAGAAGACGGUCGAAGCAGGUUCACCAGGACUCUCGAACUGGGCAUGGCCAAUGCAUGGCCACGGCGGUGGCGGUGCCAACCCAAUGCCUCUGUUUUCUACUGCAGCAUCAUCAGGAUUCUCUUCUUUUGCCGCUUCAUCAGCUGUACUCCUUCAACCACACACUGGUACAACUCAACAAUGCCAUUAUCCUCCAUCCACAACCUACCCCACCAAUGCUCCUCACUAUUAUUACAGAAACUGAUACCAAUACCACCCCAAAGACCAACCAAAAAUCCCCUUCUUAAUAUGUAGAGAAGAUGGGUAAUGGGAAUCUGACAUUUUCCAAGAUGGUUUUUUAAUUCAACUCAUAGACUACAUAGAAUCAUAUAAUAAUUCAAACAUUCAGAGACAUUGUUCCAUCUAUAUUGGCACACGCUUGCAACACAAGUGUGCCGCACGGCCCACACCUAUAUGGUAUUUGUAACUGGAAAUAAUGAUCCAGGUACCUACGUCCCUUUGGGACAUAAUAUUGGAAUUGCAUGAG